AUGGACCAGUACACCCUAGUUGAAUCAUCAGGCAAUUCAAAAGAUAUUAACAACAUAAGUUACAUAGAAGUUUAUGACUAUGGUCGAUUGCUGAUAUAUUAUAAUCUAAAGGAAAUAGCAAACAUGUCACACGCCAAAAAGUUUUUCAAGCAAUUGAAAAGCAAAGAAUUCAGAGACUAUUUAAUGAGCACACAUUUUUGGGGUCCAGUUGCCAAUUGGGGUAUUCCGAUAGCAGCUAUUGCAGACACAAAGAAGGAUCCCAGUUUUAUAAGUGGAAAAAUGACAUUAGCUCUCACUCUCUACUCGUUGAUGUUCAUGAGAUUCGCGUGGAAAGUGCAACCGCGGAACUUGCUGCUCUUUGCCUGCCACUUCACCAACGAAUGCGCGCAACUCACGCAGGGCUUUAGAUUCAUCAACUAUAAUUAUAUGGUACAAAGCGAUGCUAAAAAGUAA